AUGCCUAAUGCGAGGGUUUUCAAGAUCCUCGCUGCAGCAAAACUCAACAAUAUCACCCUUGAGAUUCCUGCUUAUCAACACGGGGUGACCAACAAGUCAGCAGAGUUUCUCUUGAAAUUCCCAGCUGGAAAAGUCCCAGCAUUUGAGGGCCCUGACGGCUUCUGUCUCGUGGAAUCUGACGCCAUCGCCCAGUAUGUCGCCCAGUCAGGCCCUCAAGCAAGUCAGCUGCUUGGCCAGGACGCUAUGAGUUCCGCCAAGAUCAGACAAUGGAUUUCUUUCUUUGCUGAAGAGAUCUACCCUACUGUCCUUAACCUUGUUAUGUGGCGAGUAGGGUUGGGUGCAUUUGAUGAAACUACCGAGACAAAGGCACUGGCCCAGCUGGUAUAUGAUUUAUCGGUACUGGAGAAGCACCUGAACACUGGUACCUUGCUUGUUGGAGAUAAACUGACGCUUGCUGAUCUCACUGGUGCUUCUACUCUCUUGUGGGCUUUCAUGCACAUAGUUGAUGAGCCCAUGAGGCAGCAGUACCCUAAUGUUGUCGCUUGGUACUUGAAGGUUGUUCAAAACGAGGAAGUUGAGGAGGUUUUUGGGAAGCCUAACUUUAUCGAGAAGAGACGUCUUGGGGCUAAGUGA